CCACAGACACACUUGGGUGUUGGGGAGCAAGGCUGCAGGACUGGGGAGGACCCAGUACAUGGGGGAUCGCCGGCGAAGUCUGUCCCACAGCUACCACAGCUCGGAGGCCGAAGGCGGGCCCGACCGGGGACAGGACGACGAUGCCCUCGGCGUGCAGGGCACAGGGUUCAGGAGUCCAGAGACCAAGGACACCACGUGCCUGGAUGACGAGGAGCUGAGUUUUGAAGACCGAGAAGCGGAGACCCUCCCAGAGGAGGUGACUGGGGGAGAACCGCCUGGCCCCCGGGCCCCCGAGGAGGCCCUCGAGCCGCUGGAGAGGGUUCUGGAGAAAGACGCGGAGGGCAUACCUGAGAUGAGCCGGCUGUCCAUCACCCAGAGGCUCCCCAGUGCUGCCUCGGCCAGAGGGAUGAGGAGGAGGAGGAGGAAGCGGGUCUUUGAGCUGGCAAAGCCCAAGACCAACUGGCAAGUCCUAAAAGACAGGAUGGGGUGCUGCUGUAAGGGCUAUGCCUGGGUGUCCCCGUGCAAGAGGAACUUGCAGUUCUGUGUCUACUGGCCUUCUGUGUACUGGACAGAGAGGUUUCUUGAAGACACCACCCUCACUGUCACGGUGCCAGCGGUGACGCGCCGAGUGGAGGAGCUAGCUCGACCUAAACGGUUCUACUCGGAGUAUUUCAACAACAACAGGAGCACCUCCGUCUGGCCCGUUCCUCGCCCUACUCUGGAAUACCAAGCUUCUAGUCGCCUGAGGGAACUGGCCACCCCGAGGGUCCGGAAUAACAUCUGGAGCAUAAACAUGUCUGAGGUGUCCCAAGUAUCCAAGGCAGCCCAGAUGGCCAUCCCCAGCACAAGGAUCCUACGGCUGGCAAAGCCCAGGGCCCCAGCCACCCUGUUGGAAGAGUGGGACCCCAUGCCAAAACCCAAGCCGCACGUGUCAGACUACAAUCGCCUCCUUCACUUGGCCAUGCCCAAGGCCCAGUCGGACCAGUGUGUUCCUGACCGAGAUCCACGCUGGGAGGUGCUGGACGUCACCAAGAAGGCAGUGGCCAGUCCCCGGAUCAUCUCCCUGGCCAAGCCCAAAGUGCGCAAAGACCUCAACGAGGGCUAUGACCCCUACCACAUUUCCCCCGCGUCUCUGGUGGCUCAGGCAUCCCCUCGCUUGUACGAGCUGGCCACCCCCAAGAGCAUCACCAAAAGAGUGUGAGUGACCCAGGCCUGGCCUCUGAGAUCCCAUUCCCAGUAAACACCCAACUGCACCCUAACCUUGUGUGUCGUCGGCUCUGAGUGUUUUGGCCCGAAGGCGGGAAGGCAGGCUGGUGGCCAAAUCGAGGACAAGGAGGCAAAUGAUAGUGUUCGUGCUUACAUUCAGCCUGGGAUUUGUACGGCCCUGUUAUCUUCCAGAUCGCGCUCUCCUGCCCUCUGCGCUUCUCAGGUGCCCACUUCCCUCCCUCGGCCCCUCUGAGUCUCCUGGGUGUCCCCAUGCACCUCAAACUCAGUGACCCUAUAAUAAAACCAGCUGAUGCCUA